UUAAGUUAAACGCACGCAUUUAUAUAAAAGAUAGAAAGGAGAGGAUGGAUUUUCAUAUAUUUUAAUCAGAUAUUAAAAUGGGUAGAUUUUUUAAUGCUCAAGUAACGCUUCUGGUUUUGGUUGCUGUAAUACAGCUAGGUGCCUUAUUGCAACUAGAUCCAAAGUUUGCUUCCGGUUUAGAUCCAGAUAAAAUGAAAGCCUGCAUGCAAGAAGCCGAUAUAACUAUGCAGGAAAUUGCCGGACGCAAAUUUUCUCCCAAAGUAGAAUGUAUGGCAAAAUGCGUGUUAAAGGAAUGUGGAAUUACUAAAGCAGAUGGCUCCUUUGACGUUGAAAAAGCUAAAGAGCUAUGGUCUACUUUCCUGACAAUUUCACCAGAAAUGGAAGAAUGUUUGGUAAAGAUGAGGCCAAUUACUACUUGUCCGGAUAUAGCGCAACUGCAUACUUGUAUCCCAGAUAAAAUGUAAAAAUUAACAAUAUUCCAGGAGUUUGGUUUUGGCCUGUCAUACUAAAACAGAACAUUGUACUUAAUAUUAACACAAAUAUAUUAACGAUAUUAACAUUGA